UUCAUGAAACUUCAAAGAAUAGUUCCAAUAAAUCCAAAGAUGCAAUCAUGCAAGUUCGACUUUUUCUCCUGUAUUUUCUCUUCAUUGUAUAAUAGAAGGCGGUAUUAUCUUAUUUAGGCAUUUUCCUAGGCUAUUUGGUAUCUGCAAAUUAUACUGGAUGUAAAAUGUCCAGGUAGAGUAAGAUAUUCCGUGGCUAUGCUUUGGUAGUUUAUUAGAGGCACAGAGUCCAUCGCGAUAGACAGUGAUUAAUACAGACACACUUUAUCUCCAAAUAGUGAACUAGUCUAAAGCCAUAUACUGUCAGAAUAUAUGUGAUCCCAAUAUGAAGACUUUGGGAAAAGUGUGGAUUUUCAUCACCCUGUAUGUGUCUGCUAUUGGUGAAAGUGAUGUAGACUUUAUUGAUACGGAUGGUGUUAAUGAUCCAGAAGCAGCCUUGAAGUGUGAUGCCUGCAGGGCAGUGACGUAUAAGUUUGCAGAGAGUUUUUCUACUGCACAAGGUGUCAUGAGCAGGACUAUAGCUCUUAAGGAUGAAGAAAUUGUUGAGGCAGCAGAAGGAACAUGUGAUGACCUUUGGCAAGGGUAUGGGAGCAUUAAAGUGAAUGAUGAAGAGCGAUUGGCAGGUCCUGGUAUGAAUUUUGAUUUUCAUCAGGAUGAAGCUCGGGAUGAUGAAGGCCUUUGGUCAAGAAGACUCCAGGAUUUGUGUGAUGAGUUGUUAGCUGAAGUUUCAGAUGAAAAAGUGCUGUAUAAUCUCUGGGCAAGUGAUAAUUCUCUUGAAGAUUAUUUGUGCAGAGGUGAAGGAUUGUUUGGAGCAUGUUCAUUAGAUUUCUGGGGAUCCUGGCCAGGUGAAGACUACGAAGACUACGAUGAUGGUGAUGACUUUGAGUACACACAUGAUGAGUUUUGAUCUUCUUGAUUUUUUGUGUGAAUUAGCAAUAAGAAGAUUGAGCUGCAUUUAGGCAUUUCAUGUGUGGAAUGUCAGGCAUUUCAUAUGUAGAAUUUUUAUAGUAGCAAAUCAUACACUAUUUUCUGAGUGAGGUUUAUGUGAUAGGUAUCAUCAUAGUGAUUUUCUGGUCAAGAUGUAGAGUGUAUUUGCCCAUUCAUUCAUUUUGAGAUUGAAACCAAAUUUGGACCAAAAAUAAAUCUUUCUUUCUUUUUGAUGUUGCUCUUUACAAGAAACAAUAAAGGUAGGUUAUAAAGUCUUUUCUUUUAUAAUUUUCAUAAAUAUGUUAUGGACAGAAGACUUAAAAGCUUUACCAGCUUGCAUAAUAUCUUGUUUAUUUCCAUAUAAUUUGUAAUGAAGUAACACAGACAGAUUAGGAGCCUAUUUGGGUCUCAAUAGCUAUACAGAGAUGCUACUUGAAUAUUUUUGCAACAUAUUUGAGGUUGCUCAACUCAAUAUUUUUUUAUAUUUUAGGCAAAAAGUAGGAUAUAUUUCAGUGAACAUUAUCAGCAACAGAGUGCAAGUAUAGUUCUUGAUUUAUAUGAAUAUUUUUUAAUAAUACCUUUCAGUUCAUGAAUAAGUCAAUAUGGAUCAUGUUGAGGACUUUGUCCCUUAAAAACAUUGAUUACUCUGUGUUCACUGAUAGUAAGACUGUGCCUCUAGGAUAGAAAAAUUAUAAUAUAUGAGUUAUAUUUAGAAAUAUAAAGAAUUCUAGGUGUGGUCAUUUUUGGUAUUGUCUUUUAUUUAUACAAUUUUUAUAGUAGCUGUGCUUCCUGCUAUAGAUUGAACCUCCACUUCAGGUUUGUCAGUUUCAUUACCAGUCAUAGUUAUUAAUAUGUUUAACAUGUCACAGAGUGUAUUGCAUUCCAGGAUAACACAAACAUAGUAUUGGGACCAAAAACAAUAAUAAAUGUUAACAAAAAUGAAAACAGUUAUGCAUUUUUUAAAAUUUCAGCUAGAAUGGCACAAAUGCUGAUUGGUAGUUAAAAAAGGAACAGUCCUUUACCAGUUAAAGUGUCCAAGAUGAAAACUAGUAUACAGUCAGCGCCAAAAUCCCACCUCCCAUUUCUCCACAAAAGGCAAAGUAAAGAGCAAUGGUCAUGUUCAUAAACUGUAUGGGGCAACGCAAAAGACAAACAGAAUGCACCGCCUAUGAAUGCUCAGGACACAUUAUCUGGUUCAAACAAGUGACAGCUGAUUAAGCUCUGCUCACUUUACCUCCCUGGCUCAUGCCAACAAUUUGGUCAAAUUUUAACCAGAGUUAUAAGGGGUACUUGAUAAAUUGUCUUAAUUCUUGGUACGGGAUUUUUGGUGCUGACUGUAGAAUAUAGAUAGAAUUGUAAAGUAGUUUUUAAUUUUGCUGAAUAUAUAAGUCGUGCCUGUAUUAAACCUUUUUAUGUAUUUCCUGUUCACAAAACAUUAUUUUCUUCUAUGUAGUGAAUUGUAAAUCUAAAUCACUAACCAAACUACCAGUAGAUGAGAUUUGUAAGGAAUAGUUACCAAAGCUUUUAUGAGUCAAAUGUUGUAGGAUAUGAUUGAAGACACCAUCUUCAAGUGCUUUGUUAAUGGCACUCCUAGAGAUGAUGAAAACUUUCAGUAUAUAAAUCUCUUUUAUAUGAUAAUUGUUUACUGAACUAGCCAGUCUAACCAUGCAAGGAGGUUUGUAUGGAAUACCAAAGUGAUUUUUCAAGAGUUUGGAUGAUAUAUAAUAGAUGGGAGUGUCAUUGUUUUUUUUAUUGGCUGCCAUGCAUACUUACUACCAGGUUUAAAGUGACAUUAACCUUGGUUAAUAUUCAAUCAAAUAAUUCUCAGUCACUUAGUUUUAUUAUAGUAAGUUAAACUUGCUUAUGGGAAAGUUUUUGCAAUCCACAUUUAUCAAUAUGUAUAUUGUGGAAUAGAAAUUUCUUGUGGAAUAGAAAAAGGCAUAUUCCCCAAAACAGGAUAUUUUAACAAUUUUUGUUAGGAUUUAAUUUUAUAAUUGUUGACAGAACAUAUUUUAUGUAAUGCAUUGCAAUGAGGAAAUUUAUAAAUGCUUAUAGUCUGAAAACCCUUUUUGUUUUGCUUGGAAAAUUUGGUUGUUCAGAUACUUGUUGCUGCAAGUAAAAGGCAGCUUUAUGAUAUCACCUUUUACCUGUAGCAGUUGUAAGUGCUUGCAAUUAACUCGUCAUAAAAAAAUGUUUGAAAGUACACACUUCAUUGCAGAAACAAACCAGCACAGAAGAGUAAGAUUUUGAAGUGAGGCAACUAUAAUAAUAGGGGAGAUACUAAUCCAUAUUGUUUGAAAUCAGAUUAGAUUCUUUAUCAAAGAGUUAAACCAAAAGGGAUCCACAGUUUCAUGUGCAUUGUUGAUUCCAAAUAUCACUGGUUAGUGUUUCUUUCUUUGUUUUGGCUGUUUCAUGAAUUUUUUGUAUAUCCUUUACUCUUUUUUAAUGCUCAUUAUCAAGUGUGUAACAUGCUUCAGUAAAUAUUAACUUAUUAAAAUAAAAAAAAUAUCUUGUUCUUUUAGAAAUUCAUCAGUUUAACCCACCUGCAACGGGUGUGACACAUAUGUGAUACCCAGAAAAGUAAACAUUACUGGCUGUCCCACCAGUGCGAUACUGGAUCGGAGCUUGCGCUCUGAUUUUGUUCUCGGACUGGCCCACGUUCCAAUUUUGAAACCACCCGGAAACCGGGAUCAUCGGCUUCCAAAUGUAUUGGCGGUAGUGGGUUAAGAUGCCCUAUGUUUUGGCAUAUAAUACACAUCUUUGUAUAUAAUGCAUCCUAAUAUCAAACCUAUUUCAGAAUAAAAUUACACUUUACCUGUUUGUAGUUUGUAAGAGGCACCAACAUACUAUAACAAUUUACAGCAUAAUAUGUACUUAAGGGAGCACCUGUCAUGCCUUGUUGUGCCGGCAAUUCUCAUGCAGUAGUUCAUCUUGGUGUAUCCACUUCUUAUAUUUGAAAUUUGCAGUGUGGUCAGUACAGAUGAACAGGCUUUUAUAUUUUUAUUUUGUUCUUUAUGGGUAUAACCUUACUAUUAUUAGUACUAUGUCAAAUAUAGAUGAAGAAGGAUCCUUCUAAAGAACACUCAUUCUGCAGUUAUUUUCUAUAAUUUAUUUUUCAAAACCUUUGAAACAGAGAAUUAGCCUCAGAUAUCACCUAUUUAAUCUCGC